AUGAAGGGCCUUUCUAUUUCCUACUUCUGCUUCUCUGUCUUCCUCUUCUCGUUUCGGUCAGAAACCGAAGCAGCUUCUACACAAAGUAAUGGCGUUUACAUUGUGUAUAUGGGAGCUGUGGCUCCUGAAAAUGGUGCCUCAAGGGAUGACCAAGUUCAGCUUCUGAGUUAUAUGUUAAGAAGCAAAAGAGAUGCACUGGUACACAGCUACAAACAUGGUUUCUCAGGCUUCGCGGCUCGUUUAUCAGAGGAGGAAGCCCAAUCUAUUGCUAAGAAACCAGGAGUUGUAUCAGUGUUUCCUGAUCCUGUUUUACAACUCCACACAACGCGUUCGUGGGAUUUUCUAAAGUUACAAACAGAUUUGGAAAUUGAUUCUGGUUCUGGCUCAGAUUCAAACUCAACAUCAAAUGGAUCAGACACUAUAAUUGGCAUCCUGGAUACAGGUAUCUGGCCUGAAUCGGAGAGUUUCAGUGACAAGGGUAUGGGUCCAAUCCCAUCACAGUGGAACGGAACCUGCAUGGUAGGCAAAGAUUUCAAUUCUUCCAACUGUAACAGGAAAUUGAUUGGAGCUAGGUAUUACGAUGAUCCUGAAGAUGAAACCCAGGGUUCGCCAAGGGACAAGGAAGGCCAUGGUACUCAUGUUGCAUCCACUGCAGCAGGAAGCCCUGUCCCCGGUGCAUCAUACUAUGGUCUGGCAGCAGGGACUGCCAAGGGUGGGUCUCCAGGGUCGAGGAUUGCUGUCUACCGUGUAUGCACCCUUAAUGGAUGCCGUGGAUCCGCUAUUCUGGCAGCCUUUGAUGAUGCAAUUCGUGACGGUGUUGAUGUGCUUUCACUAUCACUUGGUGCAUCAGCAGGGAUGGAGAUCGAAAUUUCAUCUGAUCCAAUCGCCAUCGGAUCGUUCCAUGCAGUUGAGAAGGGGAUCAUGGUGGUCUGCUCUGCCGGGAACGAUGGGCCUUAUCCCCGUUCUGUUGUGAAUGUUGCUCCUUGGAUCCUGACUGUUGCUGCCACCACCAUUGAUCGUGAUUUCGAAUCAGAUGUUGUGCUAGGUGGAAAUAAAGUGAUCAAGGGUGAAGGCAUAAAUUUUGCUGAUAUCAAUAAGUCUUCUGUAUAUCCAUUGAUAUAUGGCAAAUCAGCCAAGACGAGUUCUAAACACUUUGUAGAAGACGAAGCAAGAAAUUGCAAUCCAGGCUCAUUGGAUAAAAACAAAGUCAAGGGGAAAAUUGUUCUUUGUGAAAACACUGAUGAUGAAUUUUCAGUCCAAGAAAAGCUAGAUGAAGUGCAGCACCUAGGCGGGAUAGGGUUAGUUUUGAGUGAUGAUGAUGCAAGAUCUGUGGCUUCUACUUUUGGUGCUUUUCCAAUGACUGUUGUAACUUUGAACGACGCGGAUGAAAUCCUCUCCUACAUCAACUCAACCAGUAAUCCAUUGGCAACGAUUCUACCAACAAUAGCAGUGACAAAUUAUAAGCCGGCCCCAACAGUGGCCUACUUCUCAGCCAGAGGCCCUUCAUACAGCACAAAAGACCUCCUCAAGCCUGAUAUUGCGGCACCAGGAGUGGCAAUUCUUGCAGCAUGGCCUGGAAAUGACACAUCCGUGACUCUCUCUGGCAAGGAGUCCCCUCUCUUCAACAUACUGUCGGGAACUUCCAUGGCCUGCCCUCAUGUCUCGGGGAUUGCUGCCACAGUCAAAUCUAUGAACCCCUCAUGGAGCCCCUCAGCUAUCAGAUCAGCCAUCAUGACUACAGCAACACAAACAAACAAUUUAAAGACCCCAAUAACAACAAAUUCCGGAUCAGUGGCCACGCCAUAUGAUUUUGGAGCAGGGGGAGUAAGCACAACAAGACCACUACAACCAGGGCUAGUUUACGAGACUGGAAUAAUCGACUACCUACAAUUUCUCUGCAGCAAUGGCUACGAUAUGUCCCAAAUAAAACUCAUCUCUUCAACAAUUCCUGUUGGAUUUUCUUGCUCCAACACAACUACUAAUUUCAUCUCCAAUAUGAACUACCCUUCAAUUGCAAUCUCCAAUUUCAGUCGAAAUGGAAGCAAGAAAGUAAAUAGAACAGUCACAAACGUUGGUGAAGAUGAGUCACUUUAUACUGCAGCGGUGGAUGCGCCUACUGGAUUGGAUGUCAAAGUGAUACCGAAUACAUUGCAAUUCACAAAGAACAUUAAGAAACUAAGUUUUGAAGUGAUUUUCACAUCCAGUGGAUCUGCACCUAAGGAACAUGUUUUCGGCUCAAUUACAUGGACCGGUGGCAAGUAUAAAGUCCGGAGUCCAUUUGUUGUAACCAGUGUCUAGAGUACAAACAUCCUUAUGGUCAUGGUUCAUUCCGGGACUACUGUCAUGAUCCCGAGAUCCUCUUGUAGAUAAGCUUACAUUAAACACUUCAAGGGACUAAUGAAAGACCACAACCAUGUCUUUAACAUCGUCAAAACCUAGCAGGCAGGAACUCAAAGAAGCUGUCUAAAUUUUCUCUAAGUUACUCUAAAGCUGUUCCUGAUCUCCAUGAAUUAACCUAAACAAUUAGCAAGAUAAGAUGACCAAGGCCAUGUGUGGUAACACUGCUUCACAAACGCGUU